UAUCAUGAAUAGGCGAACUUUAAUGAAAGUCUAUUUCUUGAUUAAUGAUGGAAUACGUUUGUUAGUGUUAUCAGCUUAGUUUCUCCAUGCACCAUACACAUUCUCAAAAGAGUAUUAUCAUAAAAAACGGCUCAUUGCACAAUCAUGGGAUUUUAUCCGAAUCAUUUUUCAUAAAAAAAUGAUCUAAAGGAAGAAGGUAAAUUCAAAGGACAGCUGUAUCCGUGAUCUCAACGUGCACCCAUUUCUAUUCUCAGUUACAUUAUUAUUCGGAUUUGUUUUCCUAGUUUUUUCUUAUAUUUUUUUAUCAUUUGGGUAUUUUUUCAUAAUGCUAGAUGAUUGUUUAGAAAGACAAAGAAUCACAGCAAAUUCUUSGUGUUUUUAGAGAAAUUACAUCCAUUUUGUCUUUAUUUAUUUUUCAUUUUUUCUUGGAGUUGUUAUUGAAGCUCAAGAUAUUUAAUCAAUUUGAUACUGGACUUUCCAAUGCAACUUAUUGCCAUUCCUUGAAAUCGUACUUUCAAUCCUUCAAAAUAUCGGUUAAAAAGAAUAUAUAGUAGAACUAAAAACUAAAAAAUGUUAAAUCUAGUUUGCCUAAAAUUAAUGUAUCUAUUUCCUUCAUGUUCUGACGCACAUCAGACGCGAUCUUAAUUAUUUUUUUACAUGUUUUUCACCCAAAAACCUAUACCAAUAAAAAUAUUUGUAAAUAUGCUUGAGCCGCCAUUCUCAAAUGGCAAAUUUUCUUAAAUUUUCUGUUGGCGGCAUUUCUGUAUUAAUUUGUAUUUCCAACAGUGAAAUAUUGAGACUAUUUGAUGGUUAUUCCCAGACGUUUCAAGUUAUAUACUUGUCGUCACCCUCACUCGAAAACAGGCGGUAAAAGUACAUCAUUUUUGACCCACUGAGUAAAGAAACAAAGGAGCUAUUUUAUUGAAAUAUUCAUAUYAGGUCAUUCAUAACUAUUCAUUCAAAUAUCAACACAAAAAUGUGUUAAAGCUGAAAAAAAAGAAAAUUCCCGAUAUUCAAAAAUGAAACACAUGUCUUUUGAUAAUAAAACGUUUGUAUGGCGUUCAUGAAUUCUAAAAGCAAUAGGAAAUUCGUUCACAGGUAGCUUGACUGCUAAUGAGCCAUUUGUUUUACCCUAUAUUACCGAUAGCAUGCUAACAUGUCAAGAUACGCACAAAAUUUGGCCUUAGAUUGACUSCAUCGCAAGCCUUUCACAUGAAGUGGUAAGGGGAUAUAUGUUUGGUCAAUAAAAUCUUUUAAAAUCAAAAUGAAGAGUUCAAUUGAGACUCUAGCACGUCACCAURGGAAAGACUCGAUGACCCURGAACAUGUCCGUUCGGGGUUUACGAAAAUAUUCAAGAUAAGAAAUUUAAAAUAAGUAAAAAAAGAUUUUGUUUCGUGCACAUCUUCAACCACUUCAAGAUUCGACAAUAGUUGAGCGUGCUUGUCUUGAUUAAAAAAUAGAGUGCUGCGAGAAACAUCCGCCGAGAAAAACAGCUGCUUGACCACGUGACUCAUGGUAAUAGUAUGAUAUAAAGUGGGCACUAUCGGUCACUGCGCUUGUAGUUCACUGUUCCCUACACACUGAUCGCAACUGAAAUGGCUUCGAACCAUACUAACAACAGUGAAGUGAUGAUCCCUCUCUUUAGACAUACRUUUAUUUUCUGGYAUGUUUUUAUUAUCGUUAYUGGCGGCGUCGCUAAUCUCUGCGUUUUGACUGCGUUUUUCAAUGUGGUUAAACUUCGCACUAAAGUAAACUAUUUCCUUGUGAGUCUGGCGUUUUCUGAUUUGACGUUACAGUGCGCCAUUCUUCCCAUUGAMUUAGACUGGUUCAUCAGGACUGAGUUUAUACAUUCAGUCACCGUCUGUGAAUUUACUUAUACCAUGCAUUUCUUGACCAUGUCGUGCUCGUGUUUGAAUCUGUUGGCAGUGAGUGGUUAUCGAUAUUUAACUAUCUGCCAUCCCUUUGUAUCUAAACGUAUUACCAAGAAACAAGUGAUUUCGGCAGUGGCACUCAUAUGGCUCUACUCGACAUUAACAGCCCUUCUUCCUCUCAUGGGUUGGCGUUCUGGACCAAGCUCAGUGGAGGGUAAGACAUGUAUUUACACGUACGAGGCUGAGUAURGUCUGUUCAUCAUUAGUGUAAACUGGUUCUUUCCAGCUCUGACAGUAUUUGUCAUAUACGGACUUGUCUUUCGCAUCGCAAGAAUCCAAGCCGAGAAAAUUGCAAAGAAUGAGAUCGUCCUUGAACAAACAGACAAGAAGCGACGAAGCUACCUCCUUAAGGGUGCCAUUAGCCUAGCUAAGAUCUUCGCCGUCUAUGUGAUUUGUUGGCUUCCAUACAUAAUCAAAGCGUUCAUAAGUCAAAUCCCAGAUAUUCCAUAUGAUUCGAUCAAAGUACCUCUAGAGUAUCACUAUGCUAUGGUGUUACUGUCUUAUUCCAACACCGCCAUUAAUCCGUUCCUGUAUGCUGGUCUCUGCGAAGACUUUAACAUUGCUUUCAAACGAUAUUUCCACCGACUCUCACACGCUCUGCAGUCUCUUUUCGAAUCGGCUCGGCACACCCUAAGGAACUCGGUAAAUCGGCAAAGUAGCUCAAGUAGUCACCAACCUGCACAUGAAUCACCUGUGCGGUAUACCAAUGGCGAGUCAGCCUCGUCAACUUACCAACAAGUUAUUACCAUUGUCAGCUCAGCAAACUGAUAAAUGCAUUUAUCUAAUUUCAACGGACACUUACUCUCCAAGGGAAGAUGAUGGACACCACACCUGAGGCAACAAUCCACACUUUGCUAACAAUUAGUACAAGGAGACAAACCACUUUAAACCUGUGCUAAAUGGAUCUCUCGACGUAUUACAAGUGUUAGCCGUGUCAACAUUGAAGAUCUAUCCACCGUUAAUAAGCGGUAUUCACCCACUUCAAACUCUUUCGAUAGCAUAAUGAAUUUUUCAGUGUUGUUAUCGUGUUCUUGAGGAGCCAGACAAUGUUCUGAUCGUGGUGUACYGUACCACAAACUUAUCAAAAACAUCGAUCAAUUAAAGAUGAAUCACUGUUUUUGGGAAAAAAAUCAGUCUUGCCCACAUACAUUGUAAACAUGGUUUAAAUCACGUGACAAUUCGUUUGAAUCGAUUAUAAAGAGAUGGCUGCGGCAGACCAGACAGUUAUUCUAGAGAAGUCAUUCUGGCAUAGUGUGUUCUCAAAUAAAUCAACGCUAUUUGACUUAGAGGUAAUGUUCGUGCUCACACCAAGCCACAUGUGAGAAAUUAGCAUGGACAUACAUUGUGCACGUCUCUGCAUGUCUGACAAGAAUGCUUACUUUGUAUUUCAAUACUUGUUAAGUCRUGUUUGGAUUUUUAGAGUCGAUCUAAGAUAGCCAUAUYAAAACAUUGCCAAAGUUCAAAAACAACCAUUAAAAACAUGGCAAACGUGACCAUUUUAAUUACCUGCCAUGAACUUCGAAAUUAAGUACUUCACAAUUUAUCAUACAUACGGAGAGCGAAAAAUUAGUGAUAUUUCUAGAGCAAUUAUGUUGCUGUUAUGUGCUGUGGCGCCUCGAAUCCGUGAAAAAUAUUAUUAGCAAUUUGUUCAUCAUACUACACUCGCCACUCGCUGCUGAUUUAUUGAACAAUUCGAAAGCAUAAUUAAAAAUAUGAAGGGAUUGGAAAUUGCGAUUCAACAAAAGGAUCUAAAGCAGAUGUUUAAUGAAAGACAUCGAAUAGAAAAUAACAUCAAAUAUGAAAAGAAAUCGUGAUUAAGAGAUCAAUGAAAAAUGUCGUGAACGCUUAGUUAGUCUUUAAUUUAAGGUGCGUGAAGAAUUACUUUUUCAAAUAUAGGCUGGAAAAUUAAUAAAUGGAUUUAAGAGACAAAACUUCCGUUCGGCUUUGUGUAAAAUACAGCUAAAGGUGAACAAGCACAUGAAAAAGACGGCAGACCAUUUUAGUAAAAUGAUUGGAAAGCUUAUCGAUGAAAUUGAAAUAGAGAUUUGUAUGUUUAAUCUGUGUCUUUCGGUCGUACAUAAUUACUACCUAUGAAAAACCACAGUCAAAAACAGAAUUCUCUUUUGACAAUAGUAUGAAAUUAAAAAUAUGGUCGAUGAAAAUUGACAUAAUUUAUUUCAAUAUGAAUUGGUAUCCUCAUAUUAAUAUCAGUAACCACUGAUCAACAAUAUUUGAAAGUAGCAGUAAAAUACGAUGGGAACAUAUAAAAUGAAAAACCAUUAGCUGGAUACACGUCGUUCCAGCCAUUGUUCUAAUAUACUGCAAUAGCUCUUCAUAACAGAGAUUUAGGACCUUUAGUGUUGAUUAUCUUCUGAUGGACGGAUGUCCACAAAUCCCUCUUUGCCUAAAGCUAUGUCGAUGUUUUCGUGUAAAUACGUUUUGCUUUAGUUUACUAAGAUAUAGAAGUUUGGCGGAAAGCCAGUUAUAUAAUUUUCUGUAAAUAAAUAAAUCGGUGUUUCAUAAUUGCGGAAACAUAARGAAUGCAUGAAACUACUUUUGUAAGAUGAAACGAACAAAAGCGUAAAUGGACAAAUGGGAAAUAUGGCUGAAUAUAUGAGCUAAUGACUGAACAGCAGCGUUUUAUAAUGGAUGAUUCAUCAGCGAAGAUUUUCUAUUAUCAAAGUGAUAUUUGCUUCAAUAAUUGAUUGCAUUUUUGAGUCUCUUUACGAGAUAGUAUAAAAAACUGAAGAGAUGAGUGGAUAGAUGGAUGAAUCGUUUGAACAAUGAAACACAAAAUGAAAGAUAAUCGACUUAAUACAUUAAUAAAUGUAAAACUGAUCCUUUUAAUUGACGAUUGAAUCGAUGAAUMGAUAGACUAAUGAACAAGUGAACAGAAGGAUGAAUCUUUGACGACUAUCCCUGAAUACAGAAAUAGAUUCGAAAACGACUGAAGUACCACUCAUUGUAUUAAGUGCUUGAUUUCUUGCCGAAACACUGCAUUAUUACCCARUAUAUUUUAAAAAUACCCUACGUUCGAAUCCGCUUUAAGAAUUAAAUGAUAUAUAUAAAGGUACUGAAAGAGUUUUGCUGAAGAAGGCCGAAGUGCCGAACGUUCGAAUAAAGAGUAGAAAUACUAGUUGCAAGUUGUGUGGCUUUUUCUUCAAUUUAUUCAAUUUAUAAAGGUACUGAAAGAUAUAAAUAUCAUUAAAUGGUUUCAUCUGAAUAUGUAAAUACUCUAAUAUACAGCAAUAUGCAGAWAUUAUGAUCAUUUUGACUCAUAUUUCAAGAAUAUAUGAAAUAUAUCAGAAAUUAUGGGAUAUCAUAGCCAAUAUUUUUUGUCAGAAAGUACUAGUGCUAGGCCACUU